CCCUGGAGGCGGCAGAGCCCGGGUUGGGACCCUCGCGAUCUCGUUCCGAACUCCGCGUCAGGUGAUCGAGCUCGUGCAUGUGGAGUUUCUGCAUGGUCACAUGUGGAACCCAGGCUGGUUUCAAGGAAUUUCUGGAAAAGGACACAAAUGGAGAAGUUCUGUGGGUCUGGUGUUAUCCUUCCACGACAGCGUCCUUAAGGAACCUGCUGCUCAGAAAAUGCUGCCUAACCCAUGAAAACAAACUUCUUCAUCCCUUUGUCUUUGGGCAGUACAGAAGAAUGUGGUUUUAUAUCACUACAGUUGAAGUUCCAGAUUCUUCAGUUUUGAAAAAGGUGACUCAUUUUUCUAUUGUUCUGACCGCCAAAGAUUUUAACCCAGAGAAAUAUGCCGCCUUCACUAGGAUAUUGUGUAGAAUGUAUCUGAAAUAUGGGAGCCCAGUUAAAAUGAUGGAGAGUUACAUUGCAGUUCUCACCAAGGGAAUCUGCCAGAGUGAAGAAAAUGGCUCUUUCCUGAGCAAGGACUUUGAUGCUCGAAAGGCAUACCUUGCAGGCUCCAUCAAAGACAUUGUAUCUCAAUUUGGAAUGGAAACUGUUAUCUUACAUACAGCAUUGAUGCUAAAAAAACGAAUUGUCGUCUAUCACCCCAAAAUAGAAGCUGUCCAGGAGUUUACCAGGACUUUGCCUGCCCUGGUGUGGCACCGACAGGAUUGGACCAUCCUGCAUUCUUACGUGCACCUGCAUGCUGAUGAACUGGAAGGCCUGCAGAUGUGCACAGGUUACAUUGCUGGCUUUGUAGAUUUGGAGGUGAGCAACAGACCUGACCUCUACGAUGUGUUUGUGAACCUGGCAGAGAGUGAAAUCAUCAUCGCGCCACUUGCAAAAGAGGCCAUGACACUGGGCAAACUACACAAAGAAAUUGGCCAGCUAAUUGUGCAGUCUGCAGAAGACCCGGAGAGGUCAGACAGCCAGGUUAUACAGGAUAUUGCCCUAAAAACAAAAGAAAUCUUCACCAACCUAGCACCAUUUUCAGAAGUCUCAGAUGAUGGAGGAAAGAUAACCCUCAACUUUGAGGCACUGAAACAAAAGCGAUUUCCACCUGCAACGGAAAACUUCCUCUACCAUCUAGCAGCGGCUGAACAGAUGCUGAAAAUCUGACUGACUUGCUGAUGGUACUACAAAGCUUUCCUUUCAUUCCAACUUUCCAUUAACUUUGUAAAAUACUGGAAUUACAGAGAACAUAUUAUAUUUUUAAUGAUUUAUUUGAAAGUAUUGAAAUUUGAUCUGAAAAACACCGAAACAUAAAAAUGGUUGAGAUUUUCUCCCUGCCAAUUCAAUUCAGUGCUGGACAAAGUGCUUUAAUUACAACUGUAAGGUUAUAAGCUGCCUGCUGUCCCUCAUGCAGAAGUCCUGCGGCGUGGAGUCCCACACAGAUAGCGUUCUCAUUCCUGUCAACUAACCAUUUAUUUUCAAAAAGCUGCCUGAAAGUUUGCUUUGUUUUAAAAGAACUUUAAUUCUUCAUGAGGAAUUUUUCUUUCUGAGCCAAACUGCCAAGUUUUCUGCAGAACUGUCUAGAGGAUCAUUUGAAAGAGACUGAGGUUCUACUUCCUUGUAAAAGGAAAACUUUUUCUUGGCCUUUGAAUAUUUUGCCUAUAUUAUGAGAGUUUGCACAGAUUUUAUACUUGAGUAGGCAAACUCUACUAACCCGUAUUUAUACUGUUAGAGAAGUGAGCAUGCACACUUCAGCUACCUUCAGUUAACUCUGCUGCUAACAAUAUUCUUUAGAAAAGAUGCCAGGCCUUGCAAUAUAAUCCCUUUAAAUUUAAACAUCUACAUUCCUGAGGCAAUGUCUUCAUAAGCUUUGCAGUCAGUGCUGGGGAGAGAACCCAGGGUGUCACAUAUGCCAGGCAAGUGCUGUCACAGCUAAACACCCAGCCCGAAAUAAUGCCUUCAUAGAAGCAGCUUCUCCCAGGGGCCAGAACUACAGUGUCUACAAGGGACUGCAAGGAAAGUAACUUGGCUGCAUCAUCAAGGUUACUGUCUUGGGUACCUGUUCAUUAUUUGGAAACUUUAAAAUUGCCAGCUAACACAGAGGUCUAGGUUAUAGACUCUCUGUUUUACAAUGUCUGUCAUAUGAAUUGUGAGAUUCAUAUGAAUUUCCAGUCCUGUUACAGUACCUUCAGAACUACCAGGAAACAUGUUUGCAAAAACUUCAUCUGUAUUGGGUGUUUCUUUUUUUUCUUAUUGGUAAACAUUUAAGUAAAAAUAAAAUACAGCCUUUCCUACUCCAUGCUUGGGUGGGAACAGGGAGGACCUGAUGUGACUUGUUUGCUGAGACUAACAAACUGAGGAUUAAAUUUGCACUUUAUGAAAACAA